AUGGAGGAGUCAUGGGACUCUUUGUCCCAUUCCUCUGGGGCUUCAAUGUCGUACGCCGCCAUCCAAUCCCAUUCCGGCGUAGGCGCGCGGGAGGAGGAAGAGGAAGACUGGAAGGAGAGGCCCGAUGAAGCGGAGGAGGAGGAGGAGGAAGACAUGGCUACAGAAGAAGGGGAUCCUCUCAAGCUCGCUGCGGAGCAGGAGCAGCACGUCGGCGACCUCGUCUGCGACCUAGUCGGCGUCCUCGUCUGCGACCUCCUCGCCGCCUUCCUCGUCUGCGACCUCCUCUUCUGCGACCUCGUCGCCGCGGAGCAGGUUCCUCCUCGCUGCCUUCCUCGUCUGCUCCAAGAUCACCGGCCGCCCCCGCCACGCACCGAACCACGCCGACACCGCUCGACGGCCUGCUCCAACCCCAAUCUCGCAGCUGCCGCCGAGGGGAAAACCUAUUGCAACAAGAGGCGCCUAUUCUAUUUUCAGGAGACGCCUCCAGCUGCCGACUUCACCGAGACUCAGCCGAUAGCCAAGGACGGGCCACCAGUGCCCAAGGAUAUGGAGUCGAGGGUGCAUGUGUCGGGUGAGCCGAUGCUAAUUAAAAGAUUGUACGAUGCUGCACCCGGUCCUAUGCGAUCUCUGGUGGACGGUGUUUGGCAUAUGGAGGAGCGGCGUCUCAAGGAGAAAGAUAAUGGAUACUCGGUGUAUGUGGCCAAGGUGCCCUCGGGCCAUGGCUUUGUCGAUAGCGGCUUCGCCCAGAAGAUCUUCUUGCGGUAUGAUGACAUCUUCGCCAUGUUGAACAGUUAUCCGCUGCACUACACCUUCGUUCGCCUAUACUCGAUCAGUAAGGCGAUGCGGAUCAUUAGAGACAAGACCCCGGGCAUCGCGAUAGCCGACCCCUUCUACAUGCGUGCCGUCCACUUGGCCAGCGCCGGUGACCGGAAAGUGGCGUCUGAGUACCUCAAAGGCUUCUUUCUAGCGAACCAUAAGAAGUACAACCUCCUCCUGCCUGUAUUUCCCGAAGAAAAUACCCUCACACUCAUCUCCAUAACCCCGAAAUAUUCCAUGGCCACAUACUUUGAUGCGGAGAGUAAGUCAAGCACGUACUACACGAAUGUAAAGGUUGUACUUGAUGAUGCUCUCAAUGGCUACGUCAAAGCUAAAGGCAUCAUGGAGAGGCCAAAUCGUAGGUACGGGAAGCACGUGUUCAAGCACAUAACAAAUUUCCCCUACGUCAAGAAGCCGCCUUCUAGUAAGAAGGAUGCCUACUACGACCUCCACCACAUGGAGGUGUUCAUACGGGACCAGCAGCAGCUUACGCUGCCUGAGCACCUCAGAGAAUGGGGCAACGGCUUGUUGCGGAUCCGGGACGACAACAUCAAGCAAGAGUUCUUUCGCAUCCAAAUACUGAAAAGAUAUAUCUACUAG